GUGAACAGAAGCAAACGAAAAUACACUCUAAUAGAAUAAUGUUCUCUAUUCAAAAGGAAAACUGUUUUGUGGACAACUGUUCAAUCAGUGACUUUAAGAUGUAUCCUUGUGUUGACUUAAAUUUGGAAGCUAUUCCUUUGGCUGCAACAAAGUCGUUGGAAAAAUCGAAGAGGUCUCGCACGGCAUUUACCAGCCAUCAGCUUAUCGAACUUGAAAGAGAGUUCCAUCUUAACAAAUAUUUGGCUCGGACGCGCCGAAUUGAGAUUUCCCACCGUUUGGGUCUCACCGAGAGACAGGUUAAGAUUUGGUUCCAGAAUCGUCGCAUGAAGUUCAAGAAGUCGUCCAAUAAGAAACUGACCAAGGGAGAUUUUACCUCGGCUAUUACGACUAAUUCCAAAUCCACCGAGGAUCUCUUGGAGGACGAACUGAUCGUGGAACGUCUCCUGCAGUAUGUAAACACAAAUGUGGAAACAGUUCAAGUGCAACAGGAAAUUCCAUGUGUCCAAGGGGAGGGUCAUAUCACACCCCCUUAUCAGGCAUACGACUACCUACACGAGUUUUGCAAUGCUCCAAUGGAUCUUCUGCCUUUUAACGACCCUAAUACGAAUUGUUUGAGUAAUGUGCUGGGUCUUGAAGCAACCAUUCCUGCCAUUGAAAAUGUUACUGUGCCCAACACCAGUAGUUACGCCCAAGAUCAGCAAUUGGUUCAGAAUUACUGCUGGGACUCGAAUAGUACUGCUGCAGGUUCCACUUCAUCGGAGGAAAUUCUGGAUGUGGACUAUGACUUCAUACAGAGCUUAUUAGAUUUUUAA